AUGGGGAAAGGAACGGAUAAACUCUACAUCACACACUCCGAAUGGGCUUCGGAAGAUGCCUUCUCAGCUAGCGCAGGCGCUGGUGUUGGCAAGGCCAGACGGGGUGGUCCUCAUGCCGCAUUCAAGCGCCUCCCGUUCAAUUUCUGUUCCCUAUCACUCCAGCCAUUCGCCCACCCGGUCUGCACACAUACAGGGGUCAUCUUUGAUCUGACCAAUAUUAUUCCUUGGAUCAAAAAACAUGGGACAAACCCGGUGGAUGGGUCCCCACUCAAGAGCUCCGAUCUCAUCAAGCUUACGAUUGCGAAGAAUGAGGAGGGCGAGUAUGUCGACCCAGUGACAUACAAGGUCCUAACGGAUAAUACCCACAUUGUUGCACUACGGAAUACGGGAAAUGUGUUUUCUUGGGACACUGUAGAGCGUCUCAACAUCAAGGGGAAACUUUGGCGCGAUCUCGUUACUGACGAAGAGUUCAGCCGGAAGGACAUCAUCACCCUCCAGGACCCACAAAAUAUCGAGUCUCGCGAUCUCAGUUCUUUCACUUAUCUGAAGGAGGGUCAAACGGAAUUCCUGGAGGAGCAACAGGCGGCGGCCAGUGUUAAUACCAGUGCACUAGGAAGUUCAGCCAAGAUAUUGAAAGCGAAGGAAGCUGUCGCAAAAGCUCGCGCAGACCGGGCACAGCAGCAGGCCAACUCUGCUGCUUCAAAGGCGGUUUCCAAGACUGGGGCUGUGACUUCAGCUGCCAAGCCUGGAACCUCUCAAUCAGGAAAGCCUACACCCUACAAUGCCGCACGAUUUACCACAGGAAAAGCUGCGGCCUCUUUUACCAGUACGGGACUGACUCCUCACACAUCGGCAGAGCUAGCACUGCUAUCGGAGGAGGAGUAUAUGCUGAAGCGGGGUCGGGUGAAGGGUAAGGGUUAUGCGCGGAUUGUAACUACUGCGGGCCAUCUGAACCUGGAGCUGUAUCCCGAACACGCCCCGAAGGCCGUGUGGAACUUCAUCCAGCUAGCCAAGAAGGGUUACUACAAGGAUGUCACAUUUCAUCGCAAUAUUAAAGGCUUCAUGCUUCAAGGUGGUGACCCUACUGGCACAGGCCGAGGUGGCGAGAGCAUUUGGGGCAAAUACUUUUCUGAUGAAUUCGACGGGCCUCUGAAGCACGACGGACGAGGCACGUUGAGCAUGGCCAAUAAGGGCAAGAACACCAAUAGCAGUCAAUUCUUCUUCGCCUAUCGAGCCCUACCUCACCUUGAUCGCAAGCAUACUGUCUUCGGCCGGCUCAUCGAUGACCCUACUCCGUCGUCUACUACGCUCAACACCCUUGAAACUCACCCAGUGGAAGCAAAUACCAACCGCCCUAUCCCAGAAAUCCGCAUCAAAGAAGUUACCAUAUUUGUGGAUCCAUUCGAAGAUUUCCUUAACCAGAAACGCGCGGAGGAAGCCAAGGGUGGUUCUACCACUGCCACGGAAGACGAUGAGAACACCCGCCGUGUGGACGACGAACGAAUGACUUGGACUGGAAAACGGGUGCGUGGCCCCGGCGCCAAAUCAAACGAGAGUGCACCAAGUGGGGUCGGGAAAUAUCUCCAGGCUGCCCUGGCCGAUCGGGGAGAAGAGGAUGAGAUUGUUGAAUAUGUUGACGAAGAGCCUGCUCCGGAACCGGCCCGUAAGAAAAUGAAAGGCACGGGUGGUUUUGGAGACUUCAGUUCAUGGUAG